AUGGCAGCGCCACACGAGACGACAGGCGCGGCGAUGGCGACGGACGAUGAGACGCCAGUGACGGAGCGGGAGAAUGAAAUUACACGGCAUCUGGAUACGCAGGAUGCGCAUGGUAUAGUGGAUCUUUUGCGCCAGUGUGAUGAACAGCUGCAGACGGGUUAUCGUGACAUGCCGGCUCUGCAAAGCCCGGCCAUGCUGCGUGAAAUGGCGCGGCUCUCGGGCGCCCUGCAGGAGCUCCUCGCUGCUUCGGAUAAGCGCUGUGCCGUCGUCCUGGCCGGAUCUGGCACCUCCGGCCGCAUGGCCUUUCUCAUCGUUCGUGCCUUUGCAAAGACACUGCAGGAACAGGGCUGCGGCCACGUGGACCUGCAUUACCUCUGCGCCGGGGGCGAUGUAGCCCUCUUCGCAGCUCGCGAAGCCCCCGAGGACAAUUGGCGCCUUGGUGACACGCAGCUCCAAAACCUCGUCGACCGCUACGAUAAAUUGCUGUAUAUCGGCAUUACCUGCGGUCUCAGCGCUCCUUACGUCGCUGGCCAGCUCCACGCUGGCCUGCGCUCACCAACCAAGACGCGCCUCGCUGUUCUGGGCUUCAACCCUCUCCGCCUCGCUCGCCGCCUUCCCAUCGAGGGCACCGAUUGGACUUUUGCCUCCACCCUUGAAACCGUCCUUGCCCACGAUGGCCUCCUUGUCAACCCCAUCAUUGGCCCCGAGGCCGUCACUGGCUCCACCCGCAUGAAGUCGGGUACCGCCACUAAAAUUGUCCUCGAGGUCGUUUUCCAGGCUGCCCUCACUAACCUCCAAGACCCCGCGACUACCCGCCCGCCUGCCCCCGCGUCCCAAGAUCCCGCCGCUUGGGCUCCUUUGGAGAAGCGCCUCUCUGCUCUUCUCGACCCCUAUUUUGCACAUGCAGCUGCCACCUACAGUGACCCCCCAAGCUGUGCCACCAUGGCUCAACUCAUCGAGCUCGGAACCGCCGCUUUGCAACAGCGCCGGCACCUUUACUACCUCUCCCACGAUGUCUACGGCAUCGAGGCCCUCAUCGACGCCUCCGAGUGCCCACCCACCUUCAACGCACGCUAUGGCGACGUUCGCGCCUUUGUCCGCGGCGGCUACACCACCCUGGCCAAUGCAGAGGGUAACCUGCGCGCCCAGCACAACGAUCGUGACCUUGACCUCAGCCUCGACGAUUUUGUCCAAUUUCAUGCACCUCAGCUGACCUCGAACGACUGCGUCGUCGUUCUCCUCGUGGGUCAAGAAUCUCUCGAACCUUUUGCUGAUAGCCUGGCAGCCGCCCGCGCCCACAACUGCACCAUUCGCAUCGUACGCGUGGAUGAUGCCGCUAACCGCACGCCCAAUGCCGACGGUGACCUUCAAGACAUUCCCGAGUUGAAGGUGCACGGAUGGGCUCCCACAGCCCCUUUCCUGACCGAGCUGACCGUCAAACUGCUGCUCAAUGCCAUCUCCACGGGCGCCUACGUGCGGCUAGGCAAGGUGCUGGGCAAUCGCAUGAUUGACUUGCAAGUCAGCAACAACAAACUCUUUCACCGUGCCGUCGGUAUUGUCCAGCGCUUCAGCAAAGCUAGCGCAGAGGCCGCGGAAACUGCUCUUUUGCGCUCGAUCUACGGCGUCAAUACGCUGACCAAGGAACCUGGAUUCAGCAUCUCCGAGCACGUGCGUGCGGCUACCGAAGCUGCACGAGCUGACCGCCGCAUCGUCCCCACUGCCGUCCUGCUUGCCGCACACCCAAGCAUGAGCUUUGCACAGAUUCAAGAGGUCCGUUUGCCACCCCUCUUGUCGAGUUUGCACACCGUGCUCCGUUCCGCCAGCUCAUGCAGCUGA